AUGGGUAGCACGGAUCAAAGUUUGCGAGCCUGGUGGAAAGAGAGCUCGGUGUAUCAAGUGUACCCUGCUUCUUACCAAGAUUCUACUGGCUCUGGUGUUGGAGACCUGAAGGGCAUCAUCUCUCGAGUUGAUUACCUCAAAGACUUGGGGGUCGAUAUCGUAUGGCUUUCACCAAUCUUCAAGAGCCCCCAGGUUGAUAUGGGGUAUGAUAUCAGCGACUAUUACACAAUCGACCCUCCAUAUGGUGAUGUCUCAGAUGUUGAUGUCCUCAAGGACAAGCUCCAUGAACGAGGCAUGAAGCUCGUUCUCGAUCUGGUCAUGAAUCAUACCAGUGAUCAGCAUGAGUGGUUCAGGGAGUCUCGAAAGUCCAAGGACAACCCUUAUCGUGAUUGGUAUAUCUGGAAGCCUGCAAAGUACGACUCCGAAGGAAGCAGACACCCUCCCAAUAACUGGGACGCUCAUUUCCAAGGAAGUGCCUGGGAGUACGACGAAACCACAGAUGAAUACUAUCUUUGCCUCUUCUGCAAACAACAGCCAGACCUUAAUUGGGAAAACCCAGCAGUCAGAAAACAAGUUCACGAUGUCAUGCGCUUCUGGCUCGACAGAGGCGCCGAUGGUUUCCGCAUGGAUGUCAUCAACUUUGUCAGUAAGGACCAGGCAUUCCCCGACUCCGAUAAGACUGUACUUCGUGGUCAUGAAUUCUACGCUUGUGGUCCCCGAUGCCACGAGUUUCUCAAAGAGAUUGGUGCUAUUCUGCAAGAGUACGAUGCUUUCAGCGUGGGUGAGAUGCCCUGUGUGCACGAUGAGCGUGAGUUGAUCAAGGCUGUCCGUGGUGACCGCGGAGAGUUGAGCAUGAUUUUCCACUUUGAGUUGAUGGAUCUCGAUCAUGGUGUUGGCGGCAAGUUCACACCUAGAUCUUGGGACCUUUCUGAGCUCAAAACCACCACUCUCAAGUGGCAGAAGUUCAUGUACGACAAUGAAGGCUGGAACGCCCUUUACUUGGAGAACCAUGACCAGCCAAGGGCUGUCAGUCGCUUUGUUCACGAUGACACCGAGCAUCGGGUGGAUAGUGCGAAGCUUAUCGCCAUCUUCUUAGGUUUCCAGUCGGGCACGCCCUUUAUUUACCAAGGACAGGAGAUCGGAAUGACCAAUGUCCCUAAGGAUUGGGGUUUGGAAGAAUACAAGGACCUUGACUGCCUUCGGCAUUGGGAUCUUCACAGAAACGAUGAUGAGGCGGCUCGAAACACCUACGAGGUUGAGUAUCAGAAAAAAUCUCGUGACAAUGCCCGAACUCCCAUGCAAUGGGAUGCAAGCCCCAACGCUGGCUUUACUACUGCUGAUGCUAAGCCUUGGAUGAGAGUCAACGAUAACUACAAGGAAAUCAACGCUGCAUCCCAGACUUCAGACCCCAACUCUGUGUAUAGCUGCUAUCGCAAAGUUCUGCAGAGACGAAAGGAGUUCCUGGACAUAUUUGUGUAUGGAAACUUCCAACUCGUUGACGAGUCCAACUCGAAAGUCUUUGCAUACUCACGAACGGCCGACAACGGAGAGACUGCUCUCAUCGUAUGUAACUUCACAACCGAUACAGUUGCAUGGUCUUUACCUGGCAAGACUCGAGAGGUGCUGGUCAGCUCUACUGGAAGAACAAUUGAUGAGUUAAACAGUGGUGAGACCAAAAUGGCACCUUGCGAAGCCUUCGCGGUCCUGCUCGAGUAG